AAUAGUUUAUUUAAUAGCAUCUGCAAUGGCAGCGAACAACUUAAACCAGAUAAAAUAUCAACAAAUUGCAUUUUGUGCCUAAAAAUAUAUUAUAUUAAACAGCUCGUUGGCCAAUUUCGGGCGAGCAAGUGGUUUAGUAUAGGAUAAGCGACGUACGCAUUCUAUAUUUGUGCAGAUGGAAUUGCAAACGAAUUGCCAAACAUAAACAAUGUGACUUAAACUUUCCUGGAUGCUGGAAACUUUUGUAAUUAAUUGUAAUUAAGCUUUAUUAUUAAGUUGAGAGUUACUACGUUGUAAGCAUCUGAUAUUUAAGAUAGUUGCACAACUAACUUAUUGAAAUCUUAAUGCUAAAUUAUGUCAAGCGAAGAGGAUAUGACGAUCAGUAAGAAGCGUUAUAGCAUUUUGCAGGAUCGCAAAACAUAUUGGUAUACUGUAAAUGAAAUCAAGAAUGAAGCUACUUGUCCCAGCUGUGGUCGAUCUAUAGAUAAGUUUAAAAAUUUAACAGCUCACGUAAAGCGCUGUUUUAGCAUUAAGAAAAUUGGACCUAUAUACAGACUACAUGGCUACGUCGAAUGUAAAUGUGGACUCUUAAUAGCUGAUAAUACCAAGGCACAGAAAUUGCAUGUAUGCAUGGGUGAGGUCCCUGCCUUUGAGCCAGAUUUAUCCUAUGUCCGCAAGCAACCGGAAUCUGAUAAGGAUCAGGAUCACGAUCGGGAUCAUGAUCAGGAACAAGCGCCAGACAAUCGCAGCCAUCACUUGGAGCGUGAACUGCUCCAGCCAAAGCCUUGGAUACGCAACUUUGUUUCGCCUUUCAAAUUAGAUAUAGAGAACAUCCAUGUUAAUCGCAAGCCCGAGCCGCGUGUACGCAAUUUCGAUAUGCCCGUUAGCAAGCAUGAGCCGAAGAAUGUCAGCGUCUAUUCCAUUGGCACAAAUAACGGCAUAAUCUAUGUAACUGGUCGGACGUCACAAUCAGGCAAUCAAAAUAUGAUUUUGAUUAAAAAGAGAGCACUACGAUUGCCCCAGUUAAAGGGCUAUAAAUGCAGUUAGUUAAUGAAUUGCAACUGAAAAGUGGGUUUAACUAUUUAUUCUACAUGAAAAGCAUUUGGAAAACAUAUUUUUUAAUUU